AUGUCGGGUAUUGCUAGCGCACGUCUAGCCGAAGAGAGAAAAGCUUGGCGCAAGGACCAUCCAUUUGGUUUUGUGGCUAGACCAAUGAAGAAUCCUGAUGGUUCAUUAAAUCUUAUGACAUGGGAGUGUGCGAUACCCGGAAAAAAGGGGACACCCUGGGAAGGAGGGCUGUACAAGUUACGUAUGAUUUUCAAAGAUGAUUACCCAUCAAGUCCACCAAAAUGCAAGUUCGAGCCACCAUUGUUCCACCCCAAUGUAUAUCCAUCUGGUACUGUAUGUUUAUCAUUGCUCGAUGAAGAGAAAGACUGGCGUCCCGCGAUCACAAUCAAACAAAUCCUCCUCGGAAUCCAAGAUCUACUUAAUGAACCAAAUGUUAAAGAUCCCGCACAGGCUGAAGCAUACACAAUCUACUGCCAAAAUCGACUAGAAUAUGACAAGAGAGUAAGAGCACAAGCCCGUGCUAUGGCUGCUACCGAGUAA